AGCGGACAAAGUGGUGAGCAGUGACUUUGAGUGACCCGGAGUUCAGGCCGCACGAUGGCCAGCUUCGCACUGAUCGCGGUGCCCGCCGUGCUGCUCUUCCUCUGCGGGAGAGGAGCGGACAGCUCAGAUCCACAUAUUGUAACAAGUUAUCCAAAUAUAACUGGAGAUUUGCUCACCUGCAAUUUAACAGACUCCAUGCUUCCCAUUUCUGGUCACCAGUGGCUUAAGGGAUCCAAAGUGAUACAUGAAGAUGAAGAUUCCUCCCAAAUUACAACCCACAAUAUUACUGGUGUGAACGCAGACACCUCUGGGCAAUACACAUGCAAGUUCCUGACUUCUCCUGAAGUGUAUGCAGUGAUUGACAUAACAGUUCCACCUAAUGUUGUGGCCUACAAGAAAGCAGAACAUGGCAAUGAAGGAGACACGGGAGUGUUGACCUGCAAAAGUAACUCCUUCCCUAAUGUAGAGGAGUGGACAUGGUACAUGGUGUCAGAAGAUGGAUCUCAGCCCAUCGUGAACGGGACAGAACGUUAUUUAAUUAAGUCCAGUGGAAACAAGACAGAGCUACGUAUUCACCAUCUGGACAUUGAAAAGGAUCAGGGUGAAUAUAUUUGCAAUGGAUCCAAUAUACAUGGUAGCAAUGGAGCCACCGUUGCUCUGCGUGUGCGUAGCCGUCUUGCUGCUCUCUGGCCUUUCCUUGGCAUCGUAGCUGAAGUUCUGAUCCUAGUAACCAUCAUCUUUAUCUAUGAAAAGAGGAGAAAGCCCGAUGAUGUGCCUGAAGAUGACGACAGUGGAUCUGCUCCUCUGAAAAGCAAUGCUGGUGCAAAUAAUGACACUGUGCGACAGAGGAACUCCAGCUGAGUUGCAGGUGAAGACUACUACACUUAGAACAAGCUCUGGAGUUUUGCACUCAGUUCAUUGGAUUCCCUGUCCCGUGACCUUCCAAUUAUAAUUGACAAUUCCUCUUGUGUUUUUAUGUAUUUUCUGUGUAAUACCUAGACAAUUGGCUUGACACAUAAGCUAUACUGCAGGAUUUGAUGUGCAUGUGGUUCUAGUUUUGCUGACGGGCUACUUGUUCUAGAUACUGGUGUAAUAGUUG